CCACUGCUACGCGGGAUUGGCCGAAGAGUGCCCGGCUCCGUGCCGCUGUCUGGGGGAACGACUGGACUGCAGCCGCCUCAGACUGAGGAAAGUGCCCGAGCUGCUCCCCAGCGGGACGGUGCAGCUUGAUCUAAGCCACAAUAGGUUUUCUUCAAUCAACUCUAGUUCUUUGAGCCACCUUUAUAAAUUGCGAGAAAUAAAACUGAACCACAAUGAAUUGGAAGCUAUUCCAAAUCUGGGACCUAUUUCAGUAAACAUUACUUUCCUGUCUCUGACAAAUAACAAGAUCAUGAAAAUUCUGCCUGAAGAACUGAAGCUAUUUCAAUCCCUUGAAACUUUAGAUCUCAGCAACAACAAUAUUUCUGUGCUUGAGAUGGGAUCAUUUCCUCCAUUGGUGCUCAAGAACCUCCACAUUAACAACAAUCGAAUAGUUUCACUGGAACCAGGCAUUUUUGACAACUUGGCUAGCACACUUCAAGUCUUGAAGCUGAACAGGAACCGCAUUUCAGCCAUUCCACAGAAAAUGUUUAAACUCCCCCAUCUCCAACAUUUAGAGAUGAACCGCAACAGAAUUAAAAAAAUAGAUGGGCUUACUUUUCAAGGACUGCCUUCUUUGAAAUCAUUAAAAAUACAGAAAAAUGGGCUUGUUUGGCUCAUGGAUGGAGCUUUCUGGGGAUUAAGUAACAUGGAAAUACUGCAGCUGGAUCAUAACAACUUAACAGAGAUUACCAAAGGCUGGCUUUAUGGCUUGUUAAUGUUACAGCAGCUUCAUCUUAGCCAAAAUGCUAUCAGCAGGAUCAGACCUGAUGCCUGGGAGUUUUGCCAAAAACUCAGUGAGCUGGACUUGACUUACAAUAAUUUAGCAAGACUAGAAGAUUCAAGCUUUGUUGGUUUAAGCCUGCUAGUAAGGCUGGAUAUCGGGAACAACAAAGUGAGCUACAUUGCAGAUUGUGCCUUCCGGGGACUAUCCAGUUUACAAACUCUAGACCUUAAAAAUAAUGAAAUCUCAUGGACAAUUGAAGAUAUGAACGGUGCUUUCUCCGGACUUGACAAACUUAGAUGGCUGCUACUCCAAGGGAACAGAAUUAGGUCAAUUACUAAGAAAGCGUUUUCUGGUCUGGAUGCACUUGAACACCUUGAUCUAAGUAAUAAUGCAAUCAUGUCAAUUCAAGGAAACACAUUUUCACAAAUGAAGAAUCUCAAAGAAUUAUAUAUAAACACAUCAAGCCUUUUGUGUGAUUGCCAGCUGAAGUGGCUACCUGAAUGGCUGGUAGACAAUAAAUUCCAGACCUUUGUAAAUGCCACGUGUGCCCAUCCUCAGGUAUUGAAAGGAAGAAAUGUUUUUGCUGUCAGCCUAGAAGGUUUUGUGUGUGAUGAUUUUCCAAAGCCGCAGAUAACUGUCCAACCUGAAACUCAGUCAGCAAUCAAAGGCUCCAAUUUGAGUUUUAUAUGUUCAGCAGCCAGCAGCAGUGAUUCCCCAAUGACUUUUGCAUGGAAAAAAGAUAAUGAAUUAAUACGUGAUGCUGAAAUGGAGAACUAUGCGCAUCUUAGGGCACAGGGUGGUGAAGUCAUGGAGUAUACCACCAUCCUUAGGCUGCGCAAUGUUGAAUUCAGUAAUGAAGGAAAAUACCAGUGCGUUAUAUCCAAUCACUUUGGCUCAUCGUACUCUGUCAAGGCUAAACUUACAGUGAACAUGCUUCCAUCGUUUACCAAGAUGCCCAUGGAUCUCACAAUUCGCGCAGGGGCAACAGCACGGCUAGAGUGUGCUGCUGUUGGUCACCCCGUGCCUCAGAUUGCUUGGCAGAAAGAUGGGGGCACUGACUUCCCUGCAGCACGCAAGAGACGCAUGCACGUGAUGCCCGAGGAUGACGUGUUUUUUAUUGUGGAUGUCAAAAUUGAGGACACAGGCAUUUACAGCUGCACAGCUCAGAAUACUGCAGGCAGUAUUUCUGCAAAUGCAACAUUAACAGUAUUAGAAACACCCUCAUUUUUGAGGCCCUUGUUGGAUCGAACUGUGAUGAAAGGUGAAACGGCAGUCUUGCAGUGUAUUGCUGGUGGCAGCCCGUCUCCUCGGCUGAAUUGGACCAAAGAUGAUGGCACUUUAGCAGUGACAGAGAGGCAUUUCUUUGCUGCAGGAAAUCAGUUGCUUAUCAUUGUGGAUACAGACUUUGAAGAUGCUGGGAAAUACACAUGUGAAAUGUCUAACACACUUGGAACCGAGAGAGGCAACGUUCGCCUGAGUGUGAUUCCCACUCCUACCUGUGAUUCUCCUCAGAAUGCUGCCCUGUCCCUAGAUGAUGAUGGAUGGGCCACUGUGGGUGUGGUGAUCAUAGCUGUGGUGUGCUGUGUGGUUGGCACUUCCCUUGUGUGGGUGGUCAUCAUAUACCACACAAGGAGGAGAAAUGAAGAUUGCAGUAUCACAAACACAGAUGAGACAAAUUUGCCUGCAGAUAUUCCAAGCUAUCUGUCAUCCCAAGGAACUCUAGCUGAAAGACAAGACGGAUAUGGGUCAUCAGAGAAUGGAAGCCAGCAUCACUUUGUACAGUCAUCCCCCAUGGGUGGAUAUUUUUUUCAACAGAGAGAAAGCAAUGGAAUUUGUCAUACAGAUAACUGCAGUGAAAAUGACCUGGAAGCUGUAACAGAUCCAUUUUUAUGCCAUUAUCUGGGUACUUCAGGAAGUCUAUAUUUAAAAGGAAAUAUAUGUGGCCCAGAUAUGUUUGAAGUAUACCAUACAGGCAGCAAUUUGGAGCAAAGAACAGCGUGCAUGGACCUUUAUGAUUCAAGCUGCUUGAAGAAAAAAGACUGCUACCCAUAUAGCCACUCCCCUGAAGAUCCCUUUGACCGAUACCUCAGUAUCUCCAAGAUACAUAUGCCAAGUAAUAAAUCGAUUCCUUCUGUUUAUACUUCAAAUGAAGAGAAUGGAACAAGAAGCUCAGAUGUAGACACAUUUAAGAGAAAUCAAGAACUGUCUUCUGUUACACCAAGCACCACUUUCAUGGGAACAUUUGGAAAACCUAUAUGGAAGCAUCAGCUUGAUUCUUUGUCAAGCUAUAAGCAGUCCUCAGUUUGGCAGCCAAAAGCCUCCCAUUAUUCUCAUGAAUCAUUGGAUUUUGAUUCAGAAUCUGAAGGUGGUAGUAAAAUGGGUAGGACGUUUGCUGAAGUGGACAAUAGCAGCUUUAUUUGCAGGCAGCCAGCUGAAAACUAUAGGACUCCUACUUUUCAAUCCUUUGACUUGGAUACAUAGCUUCCCAGCAGUACUAGCCCAAAAUCAACUUACGAACCAAAAAAAUAUACUACCUCAAAGUGGACAUUAUUUAAAAAGAAAAGAAACUCCUGGCUGUAUUUUAAAAGAGAUUUAUGAUUUUUAUACAGAUGCAGCUUUAUUUGUAAAACGCAUUAUUUCAGGCAGAUUGUACAUUCCUUAUAUUUCUGAUAAGUGUAUAGUUUUGUUUAACCAAACAGUACCUUUUGUAAAUUAAUGUUGUGAAUAAUAACUAUGCAUUUGUUACUGAGACAGACUUCAUUUUAUUCAGAUGAAUGUUUUAAACUAAUACCAAUUCAUGUGCAUCUACUUGAGUUUAAGGAGCUGUCCAAAGUUAUGGACAGUUAAUAGAUUCAUACCUGACAUGGCUUUUUAUUACGUUUUGUUGAUUUGUGCAUUAAAAAGCCCUGGAAAGAAACACAUACAGCCAAGAUCAUAUUCAGGGGAAUGAGAAAGUUGAAACUUCUCUGCUGGUUUCACCUGAACUGUGGUGCAUAACAUUGCCCGUGUCAGAAAACUGGAUGUUUUGGAGAGAUGCAAAAAACACACUUGUAAAUGUCCUGUUCCCCAUAGACUUAAUUAUUUUUGCCCUAAGCAAAAAUGUGAUUAUUUUCAGUUCUAGUUAAUAUGCAUGGUCAGUAUCAAACCAAAUAAAUAGCAAUCCCAGCUUAUAACGUAUCCAUUCCAGUAAUUCAAACUGCAUUCCUAGGUUAUCUUUGAAUAGAUGAAAAUCCUGGUCACAUUUACCUUUGUUCUGGCCCUGGAUGUCCUGAGCCUGCAUGUCUUUAGGAGUAAUGCACUCCUGGUUUUUACAAACCAGUUAAAGACUGCAUUCAGUACAUCCCAGUAUUGACUUUGUAAAUUUGAUCAUUGACAAGAGGUAUGAGGGAAACAUCCAUUUGAGAUCUUGGACUAUCCAACUAUUCACUUGGACUGUUGUGAAUAAAAGAAGACUGCUGCAUUGGUCUAUGUUCCUAUGCACCUUUAUCCUAAGACUAAGCCCCAUUGAAUUCAGUUGCACAAAUCUGUGAAGACGUGAAUGAAUUGUGUUACUAGCUGGAAAAAUUGUGUUACUAAGCGUAAAGCCACAUCUGAUGUUAGGGAAGUUGUGCACUCUUCUCAAGAAUUGUAAUGUGUGAUACGGUGGAGAAUAGAUCUAUUUGGCAAGGACAAGUGCUGUAGAAGUUGCUACUGCAUUUGGUAGAGAUUGUUACUUGGCUUUUUGCUUGCUUUCCAUCACACGUAUGAAUUUAAAAUUGGGUGUGGGUGUGUGUUUGCAUUUAAAAAACAUGACACACAGAUCCAGCCCUAAAUCAUCAAAAUGUCAAAUGGUGAUCAGUGAAUGGCUGAAUCAUCUUAGAUCAUGGCUGAUAAAAGACAACAGGCUGGUGAAGUCUGUAGUUUUAAUGCCACCAUCCUAUUCAACUACCUUGGUAAAUAAGAGUAAAUAUUAAAGAAACCACAGUUUCACUGUUCUUGUACCUUCCAAACCCAUGCUUAUAAUGAUGUAACAUAUCUUAAGUUACUGUGGUACUACUAAGUUUUAUGUAGCAUGACCUGAUCCUGUUAGUGCCAAGGAAAAAACACAAAAUUUCAGUAACACUAAAUUGUCUUCCUUGUCUUCGUCUUUAUCACUGUAGACUAUUGUGUCCAUGUAAUAGUUGCUUCACAUAGUACUAGGAAGCUAUAAUAUUUUGGUCCAGCCAUUUAUCUGAAAACCUGACAUCAGAAUUAAAAAACUUUGGCUCUGUUAUUAUUAUUUUUUUAAAAGGAAGCCAAAGCCGAGAUUUGUUCUUUGUAUCAAUUUCAUUCAGAACAUUUCUUGUUACAGAGAUUAACAUUUCAGAGAUUUCAUUUUGGUGAUCUAGGUUCUUCACACUAUGUGAUAAACUUCACCAUGAAGUAUUUCUGCAAAAGGCUGAGCUUAUAUAUGAAAUCUUUUUUUAUUUUGCAUUGAUUGAACAAACCUAGAUUAAUAUAAAACAAUUCCAUUUUUAACUCAGAAAUUACUCAGUUCUUACACAUUUAUUUCAAAAUUAAGGUGGAGAAGGCAUUGUUUUCCAGCUCUAAUUUAAACUAGAACUGUGUCCUGUUUUCCCCUAUUUCCCUCCCUUCCUCUCCCACCCCUGAAAAAAAAUCUUAAUCACCAUUUCAAAUCAAGGUUUAGGGCUUCUCUCUCUGGUUCAAAAUCAAAGUGUAGUACUUUGGGGUAAUUAAAGCUAGAUUAAAACAGUCCCAUCUGUUCCAUUGGUGCAGUAGGCUAGGCUCUUGAAAGCUGUGAAUCCUCAUGUCAGCAAUAUGCUUGAGACCCAUGUGUCUCCCUGUGGGUUAAUAUUACAAGGCUGCCUCUCCCCCCCGCAACCCAUUCACUUUGAAAGUUUAAAUUUAUAUAGUUGUCAAGAUUUUUUUCGAAGCAAAAUUGAAAACAGCUGUUUAGACAGAACUCUAUAAGCCACAUUUCAGAUGCGGAAGAAAAGUUCCCCCAUUUGCACCACCCCAUCUAACAAUGUCAAAGAAGCCAGGUUUUUCUCCUAUCAAGGAACCUGGUAUCCAGAUUGCAGUAUAAUUUUCCUCUUUAAUUUAGCUUUGGAGACAGGAAGUUAAUCUAUCUUCAGACACUGGUGGUCUCACUGUACAGAAUGGAUUUUUCAUGCUUUUGUUUAUCCAAUUGCCAGGUUUUCUGACUCUCCUUGUUAAUUUGUCUUCAUUGUUGCCAGAUGUAGUUAUAUGGUGGCAGACAUUCAUAUUGGCAUUUGGGGAUAAUUAACAGUGUUUUGAAAGAAAUUAAUUUUUCCAGGGUUGGAAAUAAAGCUCAGAGUCAAUAAUGCAAGAAAAUCUUAAAUUAGAUUCUUCAUUAAAUCACCUUGACCUCUGAUUCUUCUGAGGUCUGCUAAGUUGGUAUCCACACACAUCAGACAUCAUUUUGAAAAUACCAGAAAGAAAAUGGCAAAAUAGGGAAUUGUCCACUUCAGAGGGAACAUAGCAGAUUGGCUAUUUUAAAUCUGGCCAUAUUCAGUUUUCAACUUUUAAGCAAUAUCAUUUAGUAUAAGUCCCUUUUGCUGUAACCAAUACUGUGUCCCCCUAUACAUCUCCAUGUUCUGGAUAGGUAUUGUCAAAGAAAUUCAUACUGCAAUUACUUAUGUACUCCUGUUAAUUUCUGUCAGAGCUGUUUCCACAAAAUCAAGUAUAGGAUUGCAGCUUGAAUCACCAUCAUCAUCAACAUCAUCAUCAUCAUCUAGUAAAGAUGAUUACAGAAAUGUUUUAUAAUGCAUGUGUUUACUUCAACUAUAUUUAGGAUAUUCCAAUAUUUUUAGCUAGAAUUACACUGAUCCAAAAUUUACAUUUGUGUGCAAGACAUUUGAACUUACUUAUUUGCAGAAUGUCUGAAGUACAAUCAAAAGAGUCUCUAGAGUAUCUUCAAACUUACCAAUAAAAGAGCCACUAACAUAAUAAAUAUAAAAAAUAAAAAAUUAUCAGCUGGGCUUUGGAUUUCAAAGACCUAUUUUUAAAAAAAGUUCAGAGACCUUUUUUUGAAGGUUGGGAAUGA